AUGUUAGUGUGUGGUCAUACUCUCCAUCACGACUGCCUUGAAAAAAGUAACAGAGAUAAACAAAAAACUUGCCCCAUUUGUUUCGUAGAUAAUGAAGAACCGGCGUCAGCUAAAGUUCAGAAUGUAGAUAUGACAGAGGCAGUGAAAGGUGAAAGUGAAGAAACCUCUAAUCUAACAGGAGAGCUAUCUCCUCAAAGUAAAACGAAAUCUAUAGAAUCUGAAAAAGUGCAAGGUUUAAUAAAAGAACUGUCUAUGCCUCGUAAACCAAUUGAUGAUAAUGAUAGAGAAAAUAAAACCAGGGAAUCGAAACCAAAAACUUUACUCUAG